GAAAUUCAUUCAUUUUAGCUUAGAACGAAAACUGUUUGCCUGUUUUCCCCAUGGUGUCUUUCUGAGGACCAAGACCAACUCUUAUUUCUGGCCUGAAAGAAACGCUGCAACACAUGAAGAGACUGGAAACCUAUGCGUUGAACAUUCAUCGUGUAGUGGACUGAAACCAUUAAACGAAGCUAAACGUGGUUUCUGUCCUGAAAGAGGCUUUGCCAUUAGACACUGGAAAGCUAACAUAGCGUUAGCCGCAUACCGAACUUUGAUAGUAUCGUUCUCGUCAGGAAUAUCUGAAAGGUAGACGGUAAUCUCAUCAGUUGGAGAAAAAGAAGACAGCUGGAGUUGCAAGGGAUUCUAGCAUCCCUUGUCACCAUUGCACCUGAGAUGACAUCACAACAACCACAGCUCCCAAAUGCUGUUAUUCCUCCCCAGCUUGCUCAGAACUCCUCUGCUCAGCAUGCCCGACCUCACAUUCAGGCUAACCAGCUGGACUCAAGUCAGAGCAGUGCAAAUGCUGGGCCUCUUGAACACAGAGCUCUGGCAGGCAGACCAGGCUGCUCCGGUGUGGCAGCCCCCAGUGGGGCAUUGGCCAACAGGAACAUUUCUGCUUCCUCCAAUAACUCUAGCUUGUCCAGAAGAGAUGAGGGCUUUGAGCCAUGGCCUGAGGAAGCAGUGGACAACUCCCAUGGUCUAUACUCACUCCACCGCAUGUUUGACAUAGUUGGAGCCCAGCUAACACAUCGGGAUGUCAGGGUACUGUCAUUCCUUUUUGUUGAUGUGAUUGAUGAGUAUGAGCGUGGUGGCAUCAGGAGUGGAAGAGAUUUCCUGCUGGCCCUAGAGCGCCAAGGUCGCUGUGAUGAGACCAACUUCCGACACGUUCUCCAGCUUCUGAGGAUUAUCACCCGGCAUGACCUUUUGCCUUAUGUCACACUCAGGAAACGGCAGGCAGUGUGCCCAGAUCCUGUGGACAAGUACCUGGAGGAGACGUCAGUACGCUACAUUUCACCAAGAGGAACAGUGCAGAGCAAGGACACUGCACCUCACAGAAGAACAGGUCCACAGCCAGUUAUUUGUUGUUCCCCAUCAGGAUCACAUGUUGGCCCAGCUCGAACAAAGCCAGCUCCUUCUGUAACAAACCGCAAACGGAAGAGAAGUCAUUCCUCAGCGGACUGCAGAGAGAAGCAAACAUGUGAUAUUCGCCUCCGAGUUCGUGCUGAGUAUUGCCAGCACGAGUCUGCACUUCAAGGAAAUGUCUUCUCCAACAAGCAAGAGGCAGUGGAGCGCCAGUUUGAGCGCUUCAACCAGGCCAACACUAUCCUGAAAUCCAGAGAUUUGGGCUCCAUCAUUUGUGACAUCAAGUUCUCUGAGCUUACUUACUUGGAUGCCUUCUGGAGAGACUACAUUAAUGGAUCAUUGCUAGAGGCCCUUAAAGGGGUCUUUAUCACAGAUUCCCUAAAACAGGCUGUGGGCCAUGAGGCAAUAAAACUCUUGGUCAAUGUUGAUGAGGAGGACUACCAGGCUGGUCGACGCAAACUUCUCCGUAAUUUGGUCACAAAUGGAGGGAGCCCACCGGUGAGCAACAAAGACUCUAUACCUUAGAGACACCCUCCACGUGGUAGCAUAUAGGAGGAAUGCUGCUGUGCCUCCACCACAGGGAAUAGGCUGAGAUGUGGUUGUGUCAUUUGAGGUGCCUGAAGUGUGUGCCUAAAAUGAACUGAUUAAUUUUCAGCCACCCCAUUCAUUUCCUGAGAGCUGAGAUCAUAUAAAACCUGCGUGGCACCCUUAAGCAUAGCAUGCACGGAGAUUUGGAACUAUGUUAGCAGAAAAAGACAAUGCAUACAGAUUGGCAUUAUUCUGACUGUUAAGUAGUUCACUGUCUUGAAGGUAAGGGUAAUGCAGAUCUUACGUGUGCAUUAAAUUUAGUUAACUCUAAUGAUCCUCUUCACUCCUGUUCUGAAGUUAUUUUAAAUAUAGGAAACACACUGACAGGUUAUUCCCAGUGGGAGUUGAACCUUAUCAUCAAACUACCUAAUCCCUUUUCAUGUUUUUUCAGGUACAUUACAGAUUGAAUUAGCCAAUAGCAGAGUGUUCUGUAUGUUUUGGCAGACACAGACCACAGUUAACUUACAGUUUUCCUGUGUCUUUCUUUCAGCAUUUUUCAACUCCUUGUUGGUAAAGGUGAACUUUAUCAGUCAACGUCAUUGUGUCUUGGCUCUAUAUCCUCACGUUUCAGUACCAGCAACUGUGAUUUCUACCAUAAUUAGAAAUUUCAAUUGUUCAGUCACUGCCAAUAUUUAAAAACCUGUAUUUUGUGGAUCAUUCUGAUGUGCUGUAUCAUAAUCAGUGAGACUCCAACUCUUCCACUGGUAUCUUAGAUCUGUUAGGAUUUGAAACUACUUGCCACUCUCAUUGUAAGCCUGUACUUCACAUACCCUGUUACUAAUUCAACACUGCAACAUUGAACUUUUUAAAAAUAAAAUUAAUGAAGUUUAUAUAUAUAUAUAUAUAUAUAUAUAUAUAUAGCUAGCUAGCUAGCUAUGGGUUAUAUGAUGUCGUCUGUUGAAUGACUAUGUAAUCACGUCCAUAUUCACUAAUGUUGGUACAACCAGGUUUUGAAACCUUUUAAGCAUGGGAAAUGACUGUCUCCCUAGAAAGAACAGGCAUCCCCAGUUACAAACAGGCAUUUUUUUUUUUAAACCAACCAGGCAUUCGUUUUUCAGGUUUUUAAAACUGUUGUUCAUUGGAUGCAAAACUAACAAUGAUGGGCUUCUACUGGCAGAAUACCAAUUUCACAGUGUAGGCUGAAAUGCAAAUUUACCAAAAUGUGAAUUUAUGUUCAUUUCUGUAUGGUAGAUCAACAGGACAUAUAGGUUAGGUGUCGGUGAGAAGCCCAUGUCGAGAGUAUUAUAUUUCCAUUUUGUGUACACUCAAUGGCUACUUGGAUAGGAAUGCCCUUCUGGUUUUGGGAACUCCCCUAGUACAACAUGAAAUCUUCAGGCUUCUGUGUUUUGUUUGUUUUUCCAUAAUACUUUGUGGAUUAAGACUACAGAAUACUAUUGUCCAUGCUAUUUCUUUUUGACGCAGGCUCACGCAGAACUUACGUCUAUUUUUGUGGAAAACUUUGUAUGCCGAGGUGUCUGUACUGGAUUCUAAAUGCUUUUAACAAAAAUAUGUGAAUCAACAGACUUUUAUGUCAGUGUUGCAUAACCCUCCAAAAUUCUGCAUUAUCUUUGACAACAUCCUUCAUGUUGUUGGUUCCUACAGACAAAGAUUCUGGUUACAUUUAGUAAAAAGUCAUGUCAACUGCAGGUGUGAGACAAAAUCAAGAUGCACAUAUGCACACAUUAUGCGAACCCCACCCUUACUUUUGAGUAGCUGCAUAAAAAGUGCUACUUCCUGCAUUGACAGUUAACUUUGGUACACACAGAAUCAUCUAUAUGGACACAAUUCAAAUGGAUACUAGGCAGGAACUGACAACAAUGUCAAUAAGGUGCCAUUGCAAACUCAAAGUAGUUUGGAAAUGUUUAUAUACAGGAAUGUCAGACAUGAAGUAUUAGCAUAAUGCUGUUUUGUGAUGAGAUUAUUUUGAUUUUGUAGCAGAAAUAGAUUAGAGCGUUAAUGUCGCUUCGAUAAGAACUGUCAUUUGAAACACCAGUCUCUAAUGCUAAUACUUUACAUAUUUCCUUUUUUUUAUUACUCAGAACACAUCCAAAAUGUGCAGGCUCAUAUUCAGUAGAAGAAAAAGUAUACUCACUCAGCAAAAUAUGGUUUUAAAGCAGUUCGUCACUUUCCAUCACACUGUUUUGUUUUUUUGUUUGUUUGUUUGUUUUUUUUUGGGGGGGGGGGGGGUUGCAUUACAAAUAUGCAUCUCUCUUUGCCAAACCUGUGUAAUCAAAUUUUAAUUUUGAAUUAAUUCUAAAUUGUAUUUAAAAUGUCUAGUUUUCCAUCUGUUAGUUUAAUGGUGAGCUGAAAUUCGGCAUUUUGGUUUAUAUACCCUAUUAAACAUUCUGUGUAUGUUUUUACCAAAUAUGUUCUUCCUGUUAAAAAGAAAAAGCUCCAUCUUAUCUCUGCUGUCAUACCAAUCAUUUGGUACAUAUCAGAACAUGCAAGUCAAGAUUGACAGGCCACUGUGAAUGAUAAAGAGUAGGCCUACAUUUUCUAUUUUUAUGCGAGUGGAAUUUCAUGUAAAGGUUGCAAGUUAGUAUCUAUUAUAUAGGUUGGUGUAUGUUAUGUUGAUUGUAUGUUAUAUUAGUUGUUAAAUGCAGCUUUUACGCAAAAUUGCAUGUAACCUGUUAUGAUGAAUUGUCUCAACUCACAGUGCUACCAUUUUGUAAAUAACUACUGGGUGUCAGGUUUUCUUACUUCAAUUUUGCAUUUCUUUCAGAAAACAGACAAGUAGGACUGUUUAAUAAAUGAACUGGAUGGAUUUUGUAGAUUUCUCAAUCCUAAUGAUCUUUUCAUGUCACAUGACACAGCGUAUAUUUUUUAAAAAGGGACUAUAGAGAACAUACUAAAACAUACAGCUUCUUUACAAAUCUAACACUUAUUAUGGCAUACACCAUAUAAAAAAAUAGGCAGAAAAAUAUUGCUCUGAUACACAAAUUCAGUGUGCUGGUGAAUUUUUGAACUCCUUCCCACUCUUUCUGAACAUUUAGACUGGUCCUGGUUGUGUCUCAUUUUUCUGAUACAUCUGUCCACAUUCCGUUUGUUUGCUUGAUUCUUAGCUCGUCCCAAUCUGAGGGAGACAUAGGGAAGACAUAACGAAGAAGAAAUCCAGGUAACAUAAUUUGUCUGAUGAACUCCAAAAACCAAGUUUAUUCUGGUCUCCAUUAUAAUGUUCUUGCAGAGACUAAAAUAUGAUGUAUGUUAGCGGUAACCAUUCUUUCUACCAGAUUGAUGGUAUUGCUUUAAACGCAUCCACUGACUGAAAUUAUAAAAGAUUAGACCUGUUGAUGUGUUGACCAAUAAAACAAAACUUUUCUGUGUUUCUAUA